AUGUGCACUACGGGAGGACUGUUUACGGUCGUUACUGUGCAGGGGGUACGAUCGGACGACGAUCGAAGUACCGUGACCUUUCAGAGCAUGAAUCCCGACACGAGAGGUGUAGCAGGCGCGCCGUUUGAGCUAGCCACGGCUCAUCUGAACGUAGAAGCCCCUCAGGAACUUGUCCCCGGGGACAAAGGGGUCCUCGCUUGCCUUGCUCCAGGCUUCGCACCCCAGUAUUUCAGCGACCGGAAAGUGAAAGCGUCCCGUCUCCCAGUCUUCACGCCUGAACCAUUCUCAAUCCCGGUCGAAGUUAAGGAAGCUGCGAUUUCGGAGUCUGACAACGCAGGCGUCUCAAUAGUCACAGUUCGAUUAGCUGUGACAGGAGAGGAGGAACGACCUGACGUUCUUUCUUGUCUUCAUAUAGCUAGAGGAGAGACCUUUACGUUCGUCGGUACCAUCACGGGGCCGAAGCUAACACAAGCUGCCUUUGCCCUACAAGCAUUCGGGGAGCAGAGCUCCUGGGUGUUGGAGCGCGCAGCCUCUGGAGAGCCGGUCACGCUAUCAUGCCGCGCUCUCAAUUGGCUGUCGGAGUGGAAAGACGCUGUUGAGAAGGAGGCGGAAACGUUGACGAAAAAAGUGACUGAGUCAACGGUGCUCCUCGUUGGGGCUCUCGUAGGAGCAGCCAGCCUUCUCCGAUUCGCUGGUGUUAAGGAUGUUUUGAGAUUGCCUGCAGCGGACGGCCCGGGGCCACAUCAUGACAGUAGUAUUGAUACGCCGGAUAGCAACCAUGAAGAUUUGCAUUUCGACGCUGAGCAUUAUUAUGUACAGAGGGGGCAGAAAUUCAAGAAUAACGAGGAAAGUGCUGAAAAAGAAGAAAUCUCGGUACCGAGUGAAGGCAAGUGUUUUCUUCUGAAAGCUCAAAGGAUUCCUCUACCAGGCUGGGCCUCUUGGGAACAAGAAUGA